AGCGAUAGUAACUUAUUAUCUAGUUAUCCCCUGAAGAGACACAGGACCAAGCACGUGAGGAUGCAAUGAGAAUCGCAGCUAUGGAUCCAAUCAAGAAGACUCUUGGUAUAAGAAUCGAAAUCUCAUCAAAAGAUAUAGUUAUGAACAGAUCAGAAUCAUUGCAAUCCAUAACUAAUCCAUCGUUGUAAUUAAUAAUUAAUUCUUCUACAUACUUACUACUGCCAACACUAUCCGCGCUCCUCGCCCGCCUUCCCGCACGGACCAACUCUCCACCACGAAAGACACUUGCAAGCUAUCCAAACCCCUCCGUGUAACUAUCAGCUCCAGUCAAAGUUCCCGGCUCGACAGGACCCUGAUCGAAGGCCUCUGCCCAAGAUGCUGCAACACCGGAUGCUCUCGAAAGAGGACGAGGCCUCUGCGCCGGGGGAGGAUACGGAAGUCCGUCGUGAAGAUCAAGAGAAGAUCAAUCGCUUCAGUCGACUGCAUCAGCGGGAGACGGUGCUUGAGGAGCAGUUGAAAGCGAAGCAGAAAGACAAAGAAGAUCUCGAAGAAGUCUCUACAGAACUCGAACUGGCCGAUGAAGAUGACCUCGUCCCCUACAAAAUCGGCGACUCUUUCAUCUCCCUACCUCUUUCUGACGCGCAAUCCAUGCUCGCGACAUCUACCGAGCAGAUCGAAGAAGACGUCUCCAAGCUCGAGGAAUCACUCAGUGAGAUCCGUGAGGAACUUCAGAAAUUGAAAGUGGCGCUGUAUGCGCGCUUCGGGAGGAGUAUUAAUUUGGAAACUUGAAAUGAAGGGAGUGGUGGGAAAAGAGAAAUAAUAGGGAAUUAGAAAAAGUGAAUGAAUAAAUAAAAAUUACAGUGUAUAUAUGUCCCUUCUUUUUCGAGAUUUCUCUUUGGUUCUUCUUUUUUUUUGUAUUCAGAGGAGGUGUUAGACCUGGAUAGAUAUAAUGUAAGCCUUGCUAUUACUGCUGCUG